AUGUUGCAGGUCGUCACGGAUGGUACAUCCAGUGGCGACUCCGAGGUCUCUCUUGCGCAGAGCGUGACCUCUCCUAACAAAGCAUCACCCUACUCGGACAUGAUUGCCCUUCGCUGCACCGAUGGAGUGCUCUUUGUCCACAGGUUCAAACUCGAGACCAUGCCAAAGCUUCAUUCUUUGGUCUCACCGCACCAUGAGCUCAACAUCCUGGGAGUCUCCGCCGCAGCAGGUCAUGUACUCGUCAACUUCCUGUACAAGGGAUACUACGAUGUCGCUCUGUCGUGGAAUGCCGGGCGUGUCACGAAAACGCGCGAUGCAGAAUUGCUACGCUGUAGUUUCGAUGUUUAUGCCACAGCGCGGCAGUACGACAUCGACAGCCUGGCAAUCUUGGCACAGGACGAUAUAGAGAGCCGGACUGUUCACCUCGAGCCUGCCGAGGCCCUGGCCGCUGUCAAGAAGGCCUGUCCGCUGCCGGAUACAAAAGACGAGUGGCUGCGCAACUACACGAAGACACUGCUCAAUGCCGCAUACCCUAGUAUCGAAGCCUUCCUGACAUCAACCAUCAUGGCGGCCGACCAUGCCGAAGAAACCAUGUCAAUCACGGAAAUGCUGCUGCGUACCGUGAUUUCAUCAACCAUGGAAAGAGAGCUCGAGGAGAAGACAGAGCGAGAGGCUGUGGAAGAGGCUGCACGAGCGGAAUUGCGUCCUGAGCUUGAAGCGCUGGAAGCGAAGAAGACGAGGAGAGGGAACCGGUAUCUAAACCCGACUUCACACCCCCACCCGAAAUGGUAUAAAGUGGCGGCCCGGAUCACGGGUUUGCUGUACACUUGA